GGGGCAGACUUGGGAUGUGCUCGGGAUGGAGAGCAGGUUCCUCUCGGGUGAGGUGCCCAGAGAGCCUGGCAUGAGCCUGACCCUCAGCCUUGGCUCUUGCAGCUCCUGGACACCUGGGAUGCCUUUGCGUACCAGCAGCGGGAGGUCUCGGACUUCAUUUUCUCACGGCGCCUCAGCAUCAUCGCGGAGCUCAGUAGCUCCCUCCGGAAAGCGACCCUGGAGCUGCAGGAGCUGCUGACUGUCGUGACAAUGGGGCAUUUCCAGGACCCCUCCCAGAACCCCCGGGCCAUGGAAGAGGAGCUGCGCACUCUCUGCCAGUCCUUCCAGGCCACGGUGUUGCGCAUCACUGAUCUCUGCCGUUCCCAGCGGAUCCUGACAGGGGAUUGCAUGGACGUCACAUUCAUCACUGGGAAGCAGGGGGUCAUCGAGAUCCACACUCGCAUCUGGCAGCUUUUCCGCAUCAUCACUGAGCAGAUCACUGAGUGGAAGUGUCUGGCAUUUGUCAAGUUCAACACCGGUUUGGCCAUGGAGAAGACCGAAGAGUGGCAAAAGGAGGUGAUCAGCCUGGAGCACUGCCUGCCCAGCCCAAACCAGGUGCUGCAAGCCUGCCUGCGUGCCAUUGCCAACUUGCAGAAGUACCUCCCUAUCCUCCUGAAACUGGGCAGCCACUUUCUCAAGCUCAGCUGCUGGAAGGAGAUAUUUGCUGUGAUGGGCGUCAAGUGCCCCCUCAACAUGCAGUUCACACUGGGGCAGCUCCUUUCCUACCCGCUCCUGGAGCACAGUGACUCCAUCUUCAGGGUCUAUGCUUUGGAGAAGAGCCGCCAUUACGCCAGGGACACCCUUUUCCGCCUGGAGAGAUCCUGGGCAGAGAAGCAGUUCCGCCUCGUCAAUUUCAUCCUCAACGUUCCCCACAAGGAGCCGCAGCCUGAGCGCUUUCGCCGGCCGGCUGCUGCACGGCACCGCCAGCCCAAGCUGGAAUACAUCUCUAAGGACAGUGGCACUUACGUUUUGUCAGAUACUGCAGAGCUGAAGGCAAUGGUGGAGCACAGCCUCUUGACUCUCCAGAACAUCAUCCUCUCCCCGUUCUCCUCCGACAUCCUGCUGGAGGCUGAGAGCUGGGCGUCCAUCCUGCGUUCCUUUGAAUCCCUCCUCGAGGCCUGGGUCAAUUUCCAGCGGAAAUGGGUCUUCUUGAACAUUGUUCUCUACGAGAUGGACAUCAGUCUCCCCAGCUCUGAGCUGGAGUCGCGGUUCCAGCGGGUGGACAGCCACUUCCGAGAGUUCAUACAGGUGACCUGCAAUGACCCGCUGGUGCUGUCCAGUGUGAGGCCCCCCUGUGGCUCCUGCCGCGAGAGCCGCUUUGUCGGGGGUGCCUUGCAAGAAGCCUUUGUGGACGGCUCCAGAGACCUGCAGGUCAUCAUCCGGGCCCUGGACUACGUGCUGGAGGGCACGCGCAUGGGCUUUCCCCGCCUCUUCUUCCUCAGCAACGAGGAGCUGAUCAGCCUGCUGGCCACAGCCUCUGAGCCAGCAGAGGCCUCAGUCUGGGCCCAGCGCUGUUUCCCCGGAGUGCGCCAGCUGGUGCUCAUCGUGCCCUCCGCUACCCACAACCGUGGCACCUUGUCAGCCGAGCUGCCGGUGGUGCAGGUGACGGGCCUGGUUGGGGACCAGGAGGAGGAGCUGGAGCUGUGCAGCAUAGUUUGCCUCAGCCGGAAGGCCACCCAGUGGCUCUGCGCCCUGGAGCAGCGCAUGAAAGAGACCGUCUUUCAGCAGAUGCAGCAGUGUGUGGCCCAGCGCCUGGCACUGCGGCCCCAGCUGGAUGUGGCCUUCAAGCAUUGCCCUGGCCCCACCGAACUGCCCCUCCACAUGGUGGUGGAGGGCUGGGCCACGCUGUGUCGCACCUUCCCCAACCAAUGUGUGGUGCUAGCUGAGGAGGCCGUGUGGCGCGCCACCCUGGAGGAGGCCCUCUCAAAUCAACGCUGCCAGCCAGAGCUGGAGCUCAAGCUAAACCUGAAGCUGGAAGCCCUGGCCCACUACAUCCGCAACUUCCGCAACCUGCGCCCCUCCCGGCCCGGCAGCGAGCAGCUGGGUCUGCUGCUGGAAGUGCUGAUCACCCUGACGGUGCAGCAGCGCGACACCCUUGCCUGGCUGCUCAAGUGCCAGGUGAGCUCCCCGCAAGCCUUUGAAUGGGCCCGGCUCCUCAAGUACCACGUGGCCCUGAGUCCCGAGUGCGCCCAGGCGGCGGGGCUCCCUGCUGGCAGCCCCUGGGUGGGCAGCCCCCCUGGCUGCUGGGCAGAAGCCCUGGACCGCCGCUUCCGCUAUGACUACGAGUACCUGGGGCCCUGCCUGCACCUCCUGGGGAGCCCCUCGCUGGACAAGACCUUCCUGGGGCUGCUCUUGGCGCUGGACGACUUCCGCUGUGGAGGCCUGCUGGGCCACCCGGACGUGGGCAAGUCUCACACGGUGCGGGGCCUGGCCGAGGCUCUGGGUCGCCAGCUGGUCACCCUGCACUGCACCCUGCAGAUGUCGGUGGGCUGCCUCUCACGCUACCUUUGCGGGGCGGUGCAUGCUGGCGCACUGCUGCUGCUGGAGGCGGCAGAGCAGUUGGAGGCAGCGGUGCUCUCGGCCUUCAGCCAGCGUUUGGUUGACCUGCAGCGGAUGUGCCAGAGCCUGAAAGGGGGCCGUGGAGCCACUGCAGGGGUGUCCUCGGGUGGCGGCUCCCCCCAUUCCAGCCAGAGCUCCGAGAGCUCUGGGAGCUCUGAGGGUGAGUUGCAGCCUGCCAUCCCAGUGCUGGAGCUGGGCACCGAUGAGGCCGAGCCCUACCAGCCCCGUGUCCUGGGCAACAUCCUCUUUGGGGGGCGGCUGCUGCGGGUGCGGGAGACCUAUGGCUGCGUCAUCACCCUGGAGCGCCUCCCAGAGGCCCUGUGCCUGGCCCUGCGCCCCCUGGCCAUGCUGCCCCCUGACCUCACCCAGCUAGCAGAGGUCACCCUGCUGGCCGCUGGCUUCCGGGAGGCUACCCGUCUUGCAGAGAAGCUGAACCACUUUCUGCGCCUGGAGGGGGAGCUGAACCCGAAACCGCACCUGGGCCGCUGCAGCCUCGUCCGGGAGGUGGUCAGGGUGGCGGUCAGCAUCCUGUUCAGCCCUCCAGCCAGGCAGGGCUCCCUGAUGCUCAGGUCCCGGCCCCCAGGCAGGGCCGCAUUCUUCCAGGGCCUGGAGGAGCAGCCGGCCAUGGUCAAAGCGCUGUGCCUCUCCUCGCUGCUCAGCGGCCCUGAGUGCCCACGACUCCAGAACACACGGGACUUGCUGCGCGAGGUCUUUCCGGGAGCCCCCCUGCAGGCUUUUGAGUCGCAGGUGCCCUACCGCCUCCAGAGUGCCUUGGUUGCCCAGCUGCACGAGGACAAGCUGCAGCCCGAGCAGGAGCUCCUGAGCAUAGCUGGCCAGCUCUUCCAGGCCCUGCUGGGGGCCCCAGGCGUCCUUCUGCUGGGGCCUGCGGGGGGCGGCAAGACCACCAUGUGGCGCACCCUGGCCAAGGCCCUGAGCCGGCUGGCAGCCAGCGAUGCUGCUCCAGGGGCCCACAUGGCUGAGGUCAGCCCCAGCAGCCUCUUCCAGCCCACCAGCACCGUCUGCCUGUGGCCGAACUGCCUGAGUGUAGCUGAGUUUGUGGGGAGCCUGGAGGGCAGCAUAUGGCAGGAUGGGGUCCUCUCCCGGGUUCUGCAGAGAGCGGCCACCUCCACCCUGGCACGCAGGACGGGCGAGGGGAGCUCCCAGGAGUGGCUGGUGCUGGAUGGGGCAGCCUGCGCAGAGUGGCUGGAGCCCAUCUCCUCCCUCUUCAGUGCCAGACCUUCCCUCAGUCUGCCGAAUGGGCAGAAGCUGCAGAUCCCCAAGAAUGUCAAGUUCCUCUUUGAAAUGCCCAGCGCCUCCAACGUGGCCCCCUCCGUCUGCACCCACUACUCCUUGCUGUACUGCGGGGGGGCCAGCCUGUGGCGGGGGCUGCUGGCCUCGGGCCUGGCCCCUGUGUACCGCAUGUACAGCCUGACCCAGGAGAGCCUGGCGAUGCUGCGCAGCCUGGCCGAGGAGCUCUUCCCCGCGACGCUGGCCUUCCUGCAGGAGCACUGCUGCUCGGUGCUGCUCCCCCACACCCACCCCCAGGACCCCGUGGCCCAGGGCGUCCAGGAGACAACCACCUUCCUGAGGCUCCUCCUUGCCCUGCUGGAGCAACACCUGCGCCGGGACCGGGUCAAGCACCUGCCUCCUCCUCCUGCUGCUGCUGCUGCUGCUGCUGCUGCUGCCACUCAGGAGUCAACAGACGCCAAGGGCACCGUCUUGGACAGCCGCACUGCCUCCUUGUCCCGUAGUCUAGACGACACCGUCCCUGCGCACCACCACCUGCUGGUGCAGAGCAUCUUUGUUUUUGCCUACAUCUGGGGCUUCGGAGGCCACCUACACCCCAGGCACUGGCCUCUCUUUGAGCAGUUUGCCCGCCAGGCCCUGCACAGGAGCCAGUUCUCCAUCAAGCUCCCCACUGGGCCUUCCGCCUUCGACCUCUGUCCCCUGGCAGCGGAUGGCACCCUGGAAUCCUUUAACGGGUCCUAUCUAGCCAACCGUGUCAAGGUCCUCCCAGUCACCUUCUCUGUCCUGCAGCCCCAGGUAGGGCCAGCCCCUUGGGGGGGGGAUCUCUGGCUGGGGAGCCCAUGUGUGUUCUGCCAUUCCUUCCUCCCUCCUCAGCACGAGCGGGCGCUCUUCGUGGUGGACCUGCUCCUGAGCAGCGAGCGUCCAGUCCUGCUGGUUGGGGAGCCGGGCUGCGGGAAGUCCUCCUUUGCAGAUAUGCUGGUGCAACCGAACCACAGCUACCACCGGGUCUGCCUCACCCCUGCACUUAGACCCGCCCACCUGCGCCACCUGCUGCACAAGCGCUUCCUCAGCCUGGCGCGAGACAAGGGCAAGCCCGGGCGGGGGGCAGCUGCCAAGGGACGCUGCCUCUUCCUGGUGGAGGACCUGCACUUGGCCUUUGUGGAUUCAGCCCGGGGAUCGAGCCCUGUGCUGGAGUCCCUGCGCCAGGCUCUGAGCUACCAGCAGUUCUACCACGGAGAGACCCUGGAGGUGCAGCACUGCCCGGCCACCGGCUUCAACUGCUUUGGCACACUCUCCGUGCCCAUGACAGGCGCCCUGCCCCUCUGCCCUCGCUUUGGCAGGCUCUUCAGCACUGUGGUGUUGCCGCUCGUGACCAGAGACUCCCUGAUGGGCCUGUUUGUGGAGCCUGUUCUGUGCUGGCUGGAGAAGUUCCCCCUGCUGACCCGGCAAAAUGACUUGGCCUUGGCACUGGUCAGGGCCACCAUCAAUGCCUAUGAGAUGGCCAAGAGCUUGUUCCCGCCCUCUCCCGCCUGCUGCCUCUUCCACUUCUCGCUGCACGACAUCCAGAAGGUGUUCAAGGGGCUGUUCCUGCUGCGGCCCCGCCCAGGCAUCCACCUCAGCAGUCCCCUGGAGGAACAGAACUUCAAGCUGGCGUCCAGCCGGCGCACCUCUGGGGUGACCAAGAUGACCAUGGGGGCGGGCUAUACUGCCCUCCUCAGCACCCGACUGGUCGUCCGCCUCUGGAUACACGAGUGUCUGUGUGUCUUCUGUGACCCACUGCAGAGGGAGCAGCAGCGGGAGCUCUGCGAGCAGAUGCUGAUGGACGUCGCCAUAACUGCCUUCUGUGCCAAGCGCAAUGUCAUACGGGUUGCACAGAGGACCUGGUCCUCCAGCCCCCCCAGGGACCAGGACCACCACCCGCCCAGCAGAGCUGGCAUCACCUUCCAGCUGCCCAGCAAGAGCUUCAGCCUUGAUGCAGAAUGGGCAGCGGAGGAGGAGCCAGAAGAAGAGAAGCCCCUCUUCCCUUGGAGUGGUGAGGUGGGCUGCCCUGACCCCUGGGACCCAGUGGAGCAGGCAGCAGCGCUGGCCUUGGACCGCCCAGACCCUGGAGAAGGCCUGGCUGUUUUGGAGCUAGAGAGCGAGACCACAGAGGCGGAAACCACAGAGGAAGCUGCAAGGAAGCAGACCCCUCCCUCCCAGGGCCGGUCCCCACGUGACCGGCGCCGGGCGUCCCCCAGCCGGCUUCACUUCCACAAGGCCAGGCGCCAUGGCUCUCCCAAGAAGGAGAGCACCGGCCCCCUGCUGCCCUCCCACCUCCUGCUGCAGCCAGGUGAGGAGCUCCGGGACGUCGUCUUCAGCAAGGACCUGGGCCCCGACUCCUACAGCCCCAACACCCACAACCCUUACCAAGAGAAGCUCUGGAAGACCCUGGAGAAGCAGCUGAAGCCCUUGCUGCCCCAAAACUUCCUGCUGUGCUUGGAGGCGCUGAAGCACAUAGUGCGCCUGAGCCGGCUCUUCUGUGGCCCUGACCGGCAUGGGGCCAUUGUCUCCUUUGCCCGCUGCACAGGGCGGAGGACCCUCGUGGCUCUGGCUGCUCGUGCCACCGCCUCGCUGCUCAUGGAGAUACCUGCCAAAGAGGAUGAGGCAGGGGCCCUGGCCUUGCUGCGAUUGGCCAGUUGGCAGGCAGGCAUCAUGGGCAAGCGAGUGCUGCUCCUGGUGCACGCCGGCAUAAGCCUGGCCAACUUGCACCUGCUACUGGCCCUGAUGGCCGAGGGCACGUGCCCUGGCCUCUACAGCCCAGAAGACACCAUGGCUGUCAUCCAGGCCCUGCUGCAGGAGAACCAGAACAUCAAGCGGAACAUGCGAGAGGAGCUCAUUCUGCAAAGAUUCUUCCAGUUUGUGCGUGCCAACCUGCAUGUGGUGCUGCUGCUGGGGGGUGCUGGCUCCUUGGCCCUGCCGCCCAUCACAGCCACAGCCCUGGCCCAAGUGCUCAGCAGCCUGGAGGUCUAUCAGCCAUGGAGCCAUGAGUCCUUGGUGGCAGUGGCCUCCAAGCACCUCAUGUACCACCAGAAGACUUCAGCCAAGCUCACUCGAGAGCUGACGUCGGUACAUGACCUCAAGGACUUGAUGCAUCGCACGGCCGAGGCUGCCUCCCAGAUCCAUUGCUGCACCAUGGCAUACACGACUUCCCUGGCUGCCCACCUCCCCCUCAUCAGCCCCAAGACUUUCCUGGAUUUCCUGGACACCUUCCUACUGCUGUUGAGCAGUCUGCAGGAGAAGAAUGCCAAGCAGCUAGAUCGGAUGAAGAUGGCCCUGCACAAGAUGGGGGAAGUGAGCAAGAAGCAGCAGGAGCACACGCGGGACGUGCGCUUCCUGCAGCAGAAGCUGGUGAAGAUCAAGGAGCAAGUGAUCUGCAGUCAGCGGGAGGUGGAGCGGGAGCAGGAGGUGCUGAAGCAGCAGGAGAAGGAGUGUGAGCUGUAUGAAGCGCGUAUCGAUGCCCUUACCAAGGAGCGGGAUGCUCUGGAGAAGGGGAGGGAGCUGGCCAUGAGGAAGGUGAACAAGGACUACAAGGAGGCCCUGGCCAUGCUGCGGGUGCAGGACGUUGAGGAGCUGCGCAGCUAUCGCCAGCCGCCAGAGGCUGUGGUCAUGGUGACGGACAUCCUCUGCCUGAUGUUUGAGCAGGAGCCGGGCUGGGAGAAUGCAAAGCUGCUCCUCAACAGGGACAACUUCUAUGAGGAUCUUGUCUUCUACCCCAAGGACAGCCUCACCACAGAGCUCUUUGAGGCCCUGGGCCGGGCUGUGACUCACGAGCGCAUCUCUGAGAACAGCAUAUCCAGCGCCAGCCAGGCUGCUGCCGCCCUCUUCCAGUGGAUCUCGGCCACCUACUGGUACCACUGGGCCCUGCUCGACUGGCAGCCGACCAUCGCACGGCUAAAGUACUGCGACGCCCAGAUCAACGCAGAGAAGGUGGAGCUGGGCGACCGGCGCCUGCACUCGGAAUACCUGAGAGAUGCCACCCAGCAGCGCAUCAAGGAGCUGAAGCAGAAGCAGGAGCGCCAGGAGAAGCUGAUGCACCAGCUCACCCAAUCCCUGCAUGCCAAAGAGGAGGCCACCACCGUCGAGAGCUCCGUGGCCGAGCACAUGGCCAGCUGGACAACUGUCACAAGGAACCUGGAAUCCCAGCGCACAACACUCUAUGGCGAUGCCCUCCUCUCCGCAGCCAGCCUCUCCUACCUGGGCCCAUUCCCUCCGCAGCGGCGGGAGGAGCUGCUGGAAAAGUGGCAGGCGGUGUGUGCCGGGGCUUGGGGCCCCCUCGGGCCAGACGACGUGAGGCGGCUCCUGCAGAAGGAGCUGCCCUGUCCUGGCCCAGCCUCCCACAGCGGUCUGCUGCUGGCUGUGCAACAGCCCCUGCACCUGGCCUCCCUGCUCAGCUCUCCUCCAGAGCAGCGUCUCUGGGAUCGAGUCCACAAGCCCAAGGUCCCCAGCAGCCGCCUGGCCGGCAUGAUCCUGCUCUCCAGCAUCCACUCGCAGGCUCACCGCUGGCCUCUGCUGGUGGACCCCGACAAGCAGGCCUAUCUCUGGCUGCUGACAUCCAGAGCUAUGGAAGAGGCGGAUUCUCAGGUCUAUGCCAUCUCUGACCUGGUGCCGGACAUGGUGGAGCAGGGCAGCUCCAUAGAGAUCGCGGAAGACAACCUGGAGGUCCUGUCGCUCACAGACCCAGACCUGGAGCAGAACCUCUGCAAAGCAGCCGGCCUUGGUGAGGAAGCUGGUGCCCCUGCCGCUGGCAGCCCCCGGGGAGGGUGCCGUUCUCUUUCACCGGCACCUCCGGGAGCUCAGGCAAAUGUGCUGCUUGACUCCCACCUCCUCACAGGCACCCCUGUGUUGCUGACGGACUUUGAAAAGAACGUCCCCUGGUGCCCAGCCCUCGAGGAGCUGAUGCAGAAGGAAUCGUUCGGAGGUGCCCUCCACUCAAAGUCAGUGGAGGACCUGGCGCAGGUGCCCCCUUGCUUCCGCCUCUACCUGUACACUGAGCUGCCUCUGGAGGCUUUGGCUGCAGGUAAGGGAGGUGCCCAAGUGCCCUCCUGGCUCUCACCUGUGGAAUCCCUCCCCAGGGAGCGGAGGUGGGUGGAGGCUGCUCGCCCUGAGAGCCAUCUUCCGCUCCCCUCUCAGAGAGGGCGAGAGGCUUUGGAAACUCCCAGUUGCUGCGGGUGGAAGCAAAGCUAGAGUCAGCAGAUCUCUCGCCCAGCAUUGGAAGCUGCGCUGUCAAAGCACGGCAGCGACCUACUUGGGUUCCCCAAAGUGGGGG